AUGUCCUUGGCGAAUGUCAUGAGGUCUCGUCGAGUCAUUCAGAGACUUCUCCAGAUAUCCAGCCAAACAACCGUUAGGACUUUCCAACCGCAUCCUUCAAGCCAAUUAUUACCAUUGCCAAUAGCAUCACAGUCCAGUAGACAAUAUAGUCUUUUCACUAGAUCGAAACCCCUGCCAAAGAUUGAAAUUUUCGAAGAUGAGGCAACAACAACAACAACAACAACAACAACAGAAGUGAAAGGGAAUGGAAGUAUAUUGGAACAUCUUAAUCAUGAGCAGCAAGAUAUUGUGAUGUUAUUGAAUCAAGCGUUGAGAAACGAAAAGAGUAUCUCCCUUGAACAUGUGAAAUCGCUAUUAUUGCAGUUCAUUGGCCUGUGCGCAGCUCUAAGUUCGAAUGAUGCUGGCAACAGAAUGAUCUUGUACGUGGUGGAGUAUCUUAAUAAACUAAAAUACCAAUUACCGAUCCAGGACGGGAAAGCGGUGACACGGGAUGACCCGGUGAAAUUGAAUGAGAUUUUCAAUGAUGGUGAAUUGUAUCGAUUAUUAGCAUGGAUUCUGGAGGCAUUGAACGACGAUAAAGGACCAUUGUUGAAAUCGGUAUACGAGGAUAAAGUAUCGAGAUUGAUAAUUCCCGAAUUGUUUAUAUGUUUGAAAGAUAGUAAACGGUUGGCGAUAGUCGAGCUAAUGAAGGUAUACGUUUAUUUCAACAAGUUUUUACUAUAUCAUAAUUUCUACGACCAGUCGCUUCAAUCGAUGAAAGAAUUCAUGGAGCAUCCUAAUUCGUCAGCAUUGAAACCCCAGCUAUUGGAGUUAUCGAUGAUUGAUCUACGGAAGUUGGCGGUGCGUGAUGUGAAGGUGGUAUUUGGAUUGUUUGAAAUGUUCCAAGAUGGAGGUAAUGAAAGUUUAGUCAGAAAAUGGAUAGAUUAUUGCGUAGAAUGCUAUUCUAUUGAAACUACCGAAAAGGCCAAUGAUUUGAGGUUCAUGGAGCAGUUGGAGGACGCUUACAUAUUACAAAAUUUCACCAAAGUAAUAAUCGGGUACAAUUUGCAGCAUACCAACGUAUACCUUUUAGAAAUCUUGAACAAGAAUAAUCUUGCCAAAGAAUCCAAGCCGGUGUUACAAGAAAUCUCCAAGUUUCUUAGGGAAUCGGUGUUCGAUAAACCAACCAAUACUUUCUCGCUAGAUGAAUCAUCCUUCAAUAGUAUAUUGUCCAGCGCCCUUGCAUUUAAAGACGAAUUUUUAAUUUGUGAGCCACUUAUAAAAUAUUAUACCGCUGCGAAAACUGAUGAGGAAAUUUCCAAGAAAUCAUGGGAUUUGAUUCUAUCAUGGGAAGUUUUUAAGUCUUCAGGGGAUGAUUUCACCUUGGAUGCGGCGUUGACCGAUCUCAUCAUAAGAAUAUCAAAAGUUGAAAUUGCUCCCGUAGAUAACGAAGUUAAAAUGAAAGAAGUCGAUGGGGAGCUUUAUCUUGACUUGUCGGCAGCAGAUAACAUGGAUGGAAAUACUACUCGUUUCAUCGAUGUCGAUACCGUGAAUUGCCUUAUUAGUACGGUGAUUCUUGGUGGCCAGUCCAUAAAUUAUGUGGAAUCAAUGAUGGAAUUUUUCCAAAACGGAAUCCCCGAAGUCACCAUCGAAUUGAAUGCCCGCUCUUAUGGGUUAUUAAUGCAAAUGGCCAUAGAAAAAGAUGACCCCACUGAUUUGAACAAAUGGUAUCAAACAAGUAUCAACAACGGGAUUGAAUGGUCACAAGAAUUAAAUGAAGCCAACGACAAUAUUUUAUAUAAAGCGGUCCAGUACACUUUUCGAAAUAGCAAUAACCAUGAGGAAUUAGGGGAAGCGUUCAAGUUUUUAAACAAAGUGAAGAAUUUCGUAGAAACUGUUGAUACCGAUACCACCAACGAGAUUCUCAAGAAAUUUUUACAAUUUGGGUACGUUGGCGACGCGUUGGAAUUGCUCAAUCGAGAGUUUAUUUCCAAUGAGGAUAAUUUCACCCAUAAAUAUUUCGGGAAGGCCAAUGAAGAAGAUAUUUUUGAUUUGGAGAAUGAUUCGUUGAAUUCUCGGAAGAUCGAUUUGAAUAAUGAUUAUUCGCACAAGAUUUUCAUCACCUUGAAUGAUUAUUUUCUCCUGAGCACCGAUUACGAGAUUUGCUGGAGCAUUUAUGGUAAUAUCCACCGGUGUUUUAUUAACGUGCCGUACGAUACGUUCAUGGCGGCCAUGAGGAAAUUUAACCAAUUGAAACGUCCGGAUGUGUCGUUAUUGAUUUUCCAACAAAUGAAGAAAAUGAAUAGAUUGUUUGGGUUGCCGCCGCCAAAUCGGGACCACUACAUCUAUCUUUUCAAUAGUUUUGGGGAAAUGUGUUACGAAAAGGGGAUCAUUGAACUCCACGCGAUGUUAAAGAUGGAUGUGGUGGUGGAUACGAAUAUUUCGUUGAAUAACUCGUUAUUGAACGCCUAUACCAAUUUGCAAGAUUUUAUUAAAACUAGAGACUUGUUUGAACGGUUCUUGGCGAUUCCUACCACCAGUAAGAACGCGAUCAAUUCCGAUACUAUCAACAUCAUGUUGAAGUCGUAUACUUACGGGGGACUUGAGCCGGUGAACGCGUUUUGGAACAAUUUGAGUCUGAUCGAUUACAUUCCUAAUGCAUCGAAUUAUCGACAAUUCAUCAUCAGUAACUGCUACCAUCGCCAGUAUGAACAUGCCAUUGAUUUGAUUGGAGAAAUGGAAUUCAAUGGGAUGCAGGUAACCGAGGAAGUGGUUAAGGAUAUGUAUAACUGGACCGAAGAUAAGCAGGAUAAAGGAAAGAUUAAACAAUGGUUGUUGAGCAGCGAACACUCAGAUUUGUGGGAUAAGUUAGAAAAUAAAGGGUUAUUGAUUCAUGAGCCUACGGAAACUGAGACCCCAGAACAAAACUUAGAUGUGAUCUAG